GAAAAUUUAAGAUGAAUUUAAAAUCAACAAUAGGGGAAAAAAAAAAAUCAGGAGGAAGCAUUGUCUCUCUAAUUUCUCACCUCCAUUUCUCUUUGUAUCUCACUCUGACCAGGUUGUAUCCCAUUCCUUUCAUUUCCCUCCACAGAUCUCCAAAAUUUCCAUUACCAAACCCCAAUUUCACCAUCUUUAUCUGUUCUAAUCAAAUAAAAUCUUCCUACUCUCUCUAACUCUUAUUUUUUUGUUAUUGGGUUAAUAUCCUAUCUCUCAAAGCCUGUAAUCAAAAUUAAUCGGCCGAUGAUUCUAGAACCUUCAUGGAUCUUCACCAAGCUACUACCCUUUAUGGACGAAUGUAGUCCCUACGAUGCCUGAGCUGCGUAGCCGAGCUCGCAGAGAUCGGGCCUCCGUCAACCGUAACCUGAAACCGAAUCCGAUUGAUAUUCUCCCGAAACCCUACACCAACACCGGCAAGAAAAAAAGUUCACUGUUCGCACUCGCCAGAGGAGAACCGGACUGGUUAGUAAACAGAAAGACGCGAUCGUUGCUGCCACUUGUGAUAACAAGAUUAAAAGCAACGACAACGAACACAAUAAUAUCGUGAACGGUGCUACGCCUUUUGGAAGAAAAAAAAACGAGGAUAUUAAAGCCUUAGGGUUUUGAGAAAAAGGUUGCCGAAAAGAUAUGGACGAGUACGAUAGCGGCGGCCUUAACGGCGACAAAGGCCCUGGAGCCGAAGAUGAAGGAAGUGCAGCCCCACUUCCCGAGAAGGUUCAGGUAGGUGGUUCUCCCAUGUAUAGAAUAGAAAGGAAACUUGGGAAAGGAGGCUUUGGACAAGUGUAUGUUGGUAGACGAAUUGGUGCUGGUCCAGGAGCUUUAGAGGUUGCUUUAAAAUUUGAGCAUAGAAGCAGCAAAGGAUGUAACUAUGGGCCACCAUAUGAGUGGCAAGUUUACGGUGCGCUUGGUGGUAGCCAUGGUGUGCCUCGAGUUCAUUACAAGGGUCGGCAAGGUGACUACUACGUUAUGGUUAUGGAUAUUCUUGGACCUAGCUUAUGGGAUGUUUGGAAUAACAACUCGCACACGAUGUCCAUUGAAAUGGUUGCAUGUAUUGCCAUUGAGGCCAUCUCAAUUUUAGAGAAGAUGCACUCCAGAGGAUAUGUGCAUGGGGAUGUAAAACCGGAGAAUUUCUUGCUUGGUCCUCCAGGAACUCUAGAUGAGAAAAAACUUUUCCUUGUUGACCUAGGAUUAGCAACCAAGUGGCGGGAUAGUUCAAGUGGUCAACAUGUUGAGUAUGAUCAACGUCCAGACGUUUUCAGGGGAACCGUACGGUAUGCUAGUGUUCAUGCUCAUCUUGGUAGAACUGGUAGCAGGAGAGAUGAUCUAGAGUCUCUCGCUUACACCCUCAUUUUUCUCCUACGUGGUCGGUUACCCUGGCAAGGGUAUCAGGGUGAAAACAAAGGAUUUCUUGUUUGUAAGAAGAAGAUGGCUACAUCCCCAGAAACUUUGUGUUGCUUUUGCCCUGCACCUUUCAGACAGUUUGUUGAGCAUGUGGUGAAUUUGAAGUUUGAUGAGGAACCGAAUUAUGCAAAAUACAUCUCCCUUUUUGAUGGGAUUGUUGGUCCAAAUCCAGAUAUUAGGCCAAUCAAUACUGAUGGUGCUCAGAAGCUUAUGUAUCAAGUAGGACAAAAGAGAGGCCGGUUAAUGAUGGAGGAGGACGAGGAUGAGCAACCGAAGAAGAAGGUUCGAAUGGGAAUGCCUGCAACACAAUGGAUUAGUGUGUAUAAUGCUCGUAGGCCUAUGAAGCAAAGAUACCAUUACAAUGUAGCAGAUGUGAGGCUUCCCCAGCAUAUCGAGAAAGGAAAUGAAGAUGGGUUAUUUAUCAGCUGUGUGGCUUCUUGUUCAAACCUAUGGGCUCUUAUUAUGGAUGCUGGCACUGGCUUCACUGCUCAAGUUUAUGAACUCUCUCCAUACUUUCUUCAUAAGGAAUGGAUUAUGGAGCAGUGGGAAAAAAAUUACUACAUCAGUGCAGUUGCAGGAGCUAAUAAUGGGAGUUCAUUAGUUGUAAUGUCCAAGGGGACCCAGUUUUUGCAGCAAUCCUACAAAGUUAGCGAUUCAUUUCCCUUUAAGUGGAUCAACAAAAAAUGGAGGGAGGGUUUCUAUGUGACUGCCAUGGCCACUGCUGGAAGCAGAUGGGCAAUUGUUAUGUCACGCGGUGCUCCAUUUUCUGACCAGGUUGUAGAAUUAGAUUUUCUCUACCCCAGUGAAGGUAUUCACCGGAGAUGGGAUAAUGGCUACCGUAUCACUUCAACUGCUGCAACCUGGGAUCAAGCUGCUUUUGUUCUUAGUGUUCCAAGAAGAAAACCCACAGAUGAAACUCAGGAGACCCUUCGAACUUCAGCUUUUCCUAGCACACAUGUGAAGGAGAAAUGGGCAAAGAAUCUGUAUAUUGCAUCAGUUUGUUAUGGCCGAACUGUUUCAUGAUCUGCCAAAUGAUUUGUUCACAUGCCGGUCUUUUUAUUUUAACCGUGCAUGUGUACGACAAGAGAUGGCUCAACUGCUUCAAUUUUGGGGGGCGGAACUCUUUAGCUGGAAUGAUUGAUCACAGCAUUUUGGAGUUGAUGUAUGCAAAAUUCUACUUUAUUGUCAUCAUCAUCUAGCAUCUACUAAAACCUGUGCACUGUCAUUCAUCCAAGUCAAAACUCAAAAGCUUCUGUCGAAUUAGAUGCAAAUGUUCUUACCUUACUUGUAUAGUUUUGAAAUCAUAACUUCUUGGUUGAAGGCAAGUGCAAAGGAUAAGUUUUAAUUGUUGGUGGUGUUUGAGGCCUUGUUUUCUGGACUAGAGGAUCAUUAUGAUCCUUCAGGCUUUCACUUCUAUGAUGUCUGAUUUGAGCCUAAAGAAAGAAUGUUACUUGUUUUGUAUAUUUUGAAGCAGAAGAUGUAAUAGGAUAUUGUUAUUAUUUAUUUCUUGCCCUGUAGUUGGUGCGUGUAUUCUCAUUUCCCUAAAAGCUAAA